AUGUCGCUUGAUGCAACAGAUUUUCUAGACAUUAACGAACAAAUUAAAUCGGAAAGCGAAUUACACACAGAAGUAACAAUUAAGCAAGAAGUAUUCGAAGAGAGUGAUUCAGAAGAAAAUCAACAAAUUGAAGAUGAAAACAAAUGCUUUUCAUGUAAAGUUUGUGAUCAAACAUUUACUAUGGAAAUUUAUUUAAUUGAUCAUAAACAAACACAUAAAGUGGGGAAAUGUUUUCCAUGUGAUAUUUGUAAUAAAAAAUUUUCAAAACUGUCUGAUUUACGUGAACAUAAACUUAUACAUUCUGCAAAAAACAUUUAUUCGUGUGAUGUUUGUGGUAAUAAAUUUACUCAAAUAAGUAGUUUAUAUCGACAUAAACGAACACAACAUUCUGUAGAAAAUUCGUCCAAUGUUCAAGAAACUUUUUCGUGUGAUGUUUGUGGUAAUAAAUUUUCUCAAAUAAGCAGUUUAUAUCGACAUCAACGAACACAACAUUAUGGAGAAAAAUCAUUUUCAUCCGAUGUUCAAGAAAGUUCAUUUCAAUCUAAACAUAAAAAAAUUCAUUCUAACAUGCCUUUUUCAUGCGAUAUUUGUGAAAAAUGGUUUGAAUCAGAAUUUAGUUUCGUUACACAUAAACAAUUUCAUACGGAUGAAUCUUUUUCAUGUGAUGUUUGUGAAAAAGCUUUUACCCAUUUAUUAGAACAUAAAAUUCUGAAAAUUGAAGAAAAACCGUUUUAUCUUCAAAUUGAAAAACAGUUUCAUACAGAAACAAUUAUGAUUAAAGAGGAAAUUACAGAUAAUGAAUUUAAAAUGGAAUCCGAGGAUAUUCAAACUGAUUAUGUAAAACCAGAUAGAAGUUAUGAAUCAGAUGGAAUGAAUUCAGAAAAUAUUCGAUUAACGAACGUAAGUGGGACACAUAAAGAAAAGAAUAUUUUGAAAAAACGUAAACGAAGGGGGCAUAUUAAACGUGAAUUAUUUUGUGAUAUUUGUGGUAAAACAUUUAAAUAUCUACAUAAUUUCAAAUUACAUAAACAAACUCAUACUGGGGACAAACCAUAUUUAUGUGACGAUUGUGGGAAAAAGUUUUCGUUACCAUCGCAUUUGGUUCGACAUAAACGAAUUCAUACGGGAGAGAAAUCAUAUUUGUGUGAUAUUUGUGACAAAGCUUUUCUACGUAGUGAUUAUUUACAUCGACAUAAACUUACUCAUAAUAAUACUGGAGAAAAGCCUUAUUCCUGCAAUAUUUGUGAGAAAACAUUUAAACAACAACGUUAUUUAGAUCAGCAUAAACUACAGAUUCAUGGUGAAAACAAACCAGAUUUAGUCUCAGAAAAUGAUCAAUUUGGGGAAGAUGAUUUAGUGAGUAUAGCUCAAAUGUGUACUGUCGAUUUAAAAGAUGAUAAUUCUGCAAAAGCUGAAAAUCAAAUUUUUAAAUGCGAUAUAUGCGAGAAAGUUUUUAAACGGAAGGAAAGUUUAAUCCAACAUAAAAGUUUUCAUGCAGGCGAAAAACGUUUCUCUUGCGACGAAUGUGACAAAAAGUAUAAAAGUCUAGGCAGUUUAACUCAACAUAAAAUCAUAACUCAUGCAGGUGAAAAACGAUUCGCUUGUGAUAUAUGCCAGAAAACGUUUACAGCAAAAGGUACCUUAAAUCAACAUCAGAAAAUUCACACGGGCGAAAAACCAUACAAAUGUCAUAUUUGUGAUAAAAAAUUUCGAACGAUGAGUCAUUUACCAGAACAUUUACGUACACAUACCGGAGAAAGACCGUUCGCUUGUGAAAAAUGUGGAAAAUGUUUUUCACACUCGAGUAGUUUACUGAAACAUCAACAAAUACACUUGAAAAACAAACCGCAUAAAUGCAGUUUUUGUUUUAAAGGUUUUACACAGCUGGGAAAUUUAGUGAAACAUGAGCGUAUCCAUAAUGGGGUGAAAUUAUUUAAGUGUGGCGUUUGUGAUAAAGCAUUUACACAACGUGGAACGUUAUUGUCACAUGAACGAACUCAUAAUAAGGGUAAUCAACUAAUCGUCGACGCUUCUAAAGAAACUACGGAGAGUCCAAUAAAUAUGUAAAUGUAAA